ACAUCAUUUGAUGAAACACUUCAUCAAUUAAAAUAUGAUACAAAUGAAUUAAAUAAUUAUAUUAUUAAUUUACUUGAAAGACAAAUCGAAGGAAAUUUGAAAGAUGAAAUAAUUUAUUAUCGAAAAAUUCAAGCAUUAUUUCCAAUAAUAUCGAUUCUAUUUAAUGAUCAAACAAAAGUUGAAAUAUUUGUACAAAUUCAAAUAAAUAAAGAACAAUCUUAUGAACAAAAAUCUUCAAAUGAUUUCAAUUCUCAAGAAUCUAUACAUGGAGUACAUGAAAUUGAACGUCUAUUGAUAUACGUUCGUUAUCCACCUAUUUUUCAACAUCUUCUAACAUUUAUUCGUACUUGGGCUCAACAUGUUGGCCUUUAUGGACAAGUCUAUGGUUAUUUAAGUGGUUAUUCUUGGGCUAUAUUAUGUGCAUAUAUUUGUCGUAGAUAUUUAUCACCAAUUAAAUCUCUUUCAUCAAUCGAACAUUUUUCUAUUGAAGAAUUUUUUUCAUUAGUUCAACAAUUUUUUUCAACUUUUGCACAAUUUAAUUGGUCAUCAGAAGCACUUCGACUUUAUCCAAAAUCAUAUAAGCAAAUCACUUUUUCAGAAAAAACAUCAGUAUAUAAUCGUGGUUCAAUGCGUAUAAUAUCACCAAGUCCACCAUAUAAUAAUGCAGGACGUUCAACAAUAAAUUCUACACGUGAUUUAAUUAUUCAAGGUUUUCAACGUGUUUUACAAUUACUUAAUAAAAUAAAUACAAUAACUUGUGAAGAUAAAUCAAAUGCACUUAAACAAAUUCUUGAAUUAAAUAAUGAUUUUCCAAAUGAAAAAACAAAAUCACUUCUUCAAUUAACACUUUCAAGUGAAAAUAUUUCUGAACUUGAUGAAUGGAUUGGUUGGAUGAAAUCGCGUCUAGCACAUUUUAUAAAUGAUUGUGAAGAAGAAUGUCAUUUAAU